AUGACAUCAACUACGCGCCCAGUUCGUGCUGCACUCAUCGGGCUCUCUUCUUCAGCUGUCACAUCGUGGGCUUCGGCCGCCCACCUUCCCGCACUCCUUACUGCAACCGGUCGUUCUAAGAUCACCAUCACCGCAUUGUCAAACAGCAGUACUGAGGCUGCGAAGUCAGCAAUCCAAAAAUACGGACUUCCAAAUGAAACCAAGGCAUAUGGGUCUCCGGAAGACCUUGCAGCAGAUCCAGAUAUCGAUCUCGUGAUAUGUAACACACGAGUUGAUAAACAUUUUGAGACAGUCAUUCCGAGUGUCAAGGCGGGUAAGGAUGUCUACGUCGAAUGGCCAAUUGCUGCGAAAAGGGAGCAUAUCAACGAGCUUGUUGAUGCGGCCAAGAAGAGUGGAUCGAGGGUUGCGGUAGGUCUGCAGAGACGGUGGGCGCCACCGGUGGUGAAGUUGCGAGACGUUUUGAAUGGUGGGAAAGGUAGACUGGGUAAAGUGCUGAGCUCAGAGGUUCGUGCUUUUGGUGGUACGAAGGACAGGGAGAUCCUGCCUAUAGGUUUGAGGUACUUCGCACACAAGGAGGUUGGUGGGAACCCAAUCGUGAUAGGUGUCGGUCAUGUACUUGACUUCGUACUCUCGGUCGUCGGCCAACUCGACCCGCCAUCUAUCCACUCUAAAGCACAGAUCCAACGCCCUAACGUUCGCAUUCGCGACCCCACAACUAUGCAAAUUGUUGAGAAUACAACAACCGACGUCCCUGACCUCCUUUCUGUCCAUGCCACUAUCACACCCUCGCCCCUUACCGUUCCCAAUGCAACGUUUUCAUUCCUAUUUCGCCGUGGCCAGCCAUUUCCUGGUACCCCAGCCCUCACCUGGACCAUCAAUUGCGAGUAUGGCGAGAUCCGCGUUACGUCAGCCACGAGUUCGUCUUUCAGAUCGAGCGAAAGUGACGGUCCAGUAGUGAUUCAGAUCCACCACUUCGAUACUGAUGAAGUGGAAGAUGUUGACUGGGAUUGGAGCGAUAUGCAGAAGGAGGUACCGAUUGUUGGAAGGGAUGUGAUGGGAUGUCUUUUUGCGUUCGCGGACGGUAAUGAGGAGGGAGACGGAUGGGUAGGCUUGGAGGAUGCUGCGAGUUACGCGCGAACGAUCCAAACCUUCUUGGGAGAGUAA